AUGGGGAAACCGGAUCCCAUCCUCGGCCUCGGGCAGGAUUUUCGUAUGGAUCCCGCCAAAAGGAAGGUGAAUUUGUCUAUUGGUGUGUACCGCGACGACGCCGACCAGCCUUUUGUGCUGGAAUGUGUGAAACAAGCCACAUUAGGCACCAACAUGGACUACGCCCCAGUCACAGGAAUUGCAAGUUUUGUAGAGGAGGCUCAAAAACUGUGUUUUGGCCCAACGUGUGCGGCGCUUCGGGAUGGACGCAUUGCAAGUUGCCAAACGCUUGGCGGCACAGGUGCGCUUCGGAUUGGUGGUGACCUUCUCAAUCGCUUUGUGGCCAAUUGUAACCGCAUUUACGGUCCUGACGUCGGUUAUCCGAAUCAUGAGAGUAUCUUUGCUAAGGCGGGGAUGGAACUUACCCCAUAUUCGUACUAUGAUCCUGCCACAAAAGGUUUUAACCUUGCGGGUAUGCUCGAGUGCCUAGACAAGGCGCCUGAGGGCUCUGUUAUACUCGUUCAUGCCUGCGCACACAAUCCAACUGGCGUCGAUCCAACACACGAUGACUGGCGACAGGUGUGCGAUGUGAUAAAGAGGCGUAACCAUAUUCCGUUCGUAGACAUGGCUUACCAAGGUUUUGCUACUGGUCAAUUGGAUUAUGAUGCCUUCGUGCCACGCCACCUGGUGGAUAUGGUGCCAAACCUGAUUGUUGCGCAGAGUUUCUCCAAGAACUUUGGCCUGUACGGGCAUCGCUGUGGUGCUCUUCACAUCUCGACGGCGAGUGCUGAAGAGGCGAAGCGUUUGGUCUCACAAUUGGCCCUACUGAUUCGGCCCAUGUAUAGCAAUCCGCCUCUUUAUGGUGCCUGGGUCGUAAGUUCUAUUCUAAAGGACCCGCAGCUGACUGCACUCUGGAAGAAGGAAUUAAAGCAAAUGUCAUCUCGCAUUGCUGAGGUGCGCAAGCGUUUGGUUUCAGAGCUGAAAGCAUGCGGCUCCGUCCAUGACUGGUCUCACAUUGAGCGCCAAGUUGGUAUGAUGGCAUACACAGGCCUAACAAGGGAGCAGGUGGAGUUACUGAGGAGCGAGUACCACAUAUACAUGACGUUGAAUGGUCGCGCUGCGGUGUCCGGACUUAACAGCACAAAUGUUGAAUAUGUUUCCCAAGCUAUUCACAACGUUACUAAAUGA